GCCACACUAGUCACGAUGAAGUUUUCCACCUUGCUCGUCGGCCUCACGGUCGUCAUCUCCAGCAGCGCGAUGCCUCUGGCGCUACCCAAACUGCAACAUCAUCAAGGAGCCAAUGCCCAGAAGAAAGGUGGAUCUGUGAUUCAGAGUAACUGCCCAUACCAGAAUCCUUUGCGUGCGAGGGCGACGCAGGAGGAUGAUGGCAGCUGCGAGAAAUCGAAGCGAUCGGCAGACCCAGAUGACGCCAUUGCCAAUCGGCCGCAGGAUUUUGCUGUCGUUCCUAAUAUGAAGAAAUGGCAGACGAGAGAUGCUGAUGCUGCUGCUGCUGCUCCUGUGGAGGAGGCAGAGGAGGUGCAGAGGAGGGCUCUCUAUAUGAGAGCUUGAGAGGAGGGAAGACGUCAGCUGCCGAUAUGAUUUGAUAGUUGGCCACUGGGGUGGAUGGGACAGGUGGGAGAGAUGCAUGCACGCAUGCAUGGGGACAGAGAGGAAGGGGAGAUGGUACAAGGAAAGUGUUCCGCUAGUGAGUGAGGGAAGGGAGUGAAGGGAC